CGUACCAUUUUGUAACAUUUUAUGCACUUCUGCACUCUCUACUACAUCGUACUGAAGACCGUUUACUUCAUACAUUUCACUGUAAUAAUUGAUUUUAUUUGCCAUCCUUGCUUCUUUAACUUGAAUUUACACGGUUUGAAUUUGAAUUUGAUCUACCCAACACGUUGAGCGCAGGUAGCGUAGAAAAUUUAUGAUAUAUAAAAUGGCGUCUGAUCAGUAAACAUGUUGAGUGAACGUACCCAUUCAGCAGAUGAGCGCUAACCGAUCACUCAACAGUUGUCUCCUCUGAAUGCACCCAAUACCUCUCAACAAUUUUUUAUUUACAAGGUAUGUACCUUUAUUUGCAAUAUUACUAGACCGAAAGUGCUAGUAAUCUCGUUCUUUCAUAUAACGAACACGUAAUUCGACGAAUAAACCCACAUGAGAAGAAAGUGCGAGAAGUGAGCGUUCUCGUCAAAAUGACGUAAUAAACGCCCUGGUCUCUAGUCUCUAUGGACAAAACGAACAAACCUUCUGUCGACUACUCUCGGCUAUCUUCGGCCGCGCUCGUUACGCUACUGUGGCGCCCUCGCAAAGUUUUAUCCUACAACACGUCCAACUGCGGAGACAGCGAUUAAUCCACUCCGUGAGCGGGCGCGACACAGCUGCUUCCACGUCCAAACCCAUAAACCCCAAAACAGAUGUGGAGUGACUGUCCAAAUUUCUGACACAUCCGAGCCAGCGAGUUCGACGACUGAGAGCUGCUUUCUCUCCAGGCGUCGGAGGUAUCGGAACGCGCACUCGGCUGGCGAGAAUCCACGACGCGGACCCACCUCCGAGCAUCGCCAGAACGUCCCGGAGUUUUGCGCGCAACGAGUCUCGAUAUGAGCGAGUUAACGCAGGAAGAAAUUCGGAGAAGGCGGUUAGCCCGUUUGGCCGGUCUAGAAACAAAUUGCCCUGCAAGUUCGAGUAGCGAUGCUGGUGCCACGUCUCCGAGUAUGCCUGGUCCUUCAAAAGUGUCUCCGGGACCCGUUAGUUCACCGAUUGUCCGGCAAACGUCGCAGCAGCCACAGCAGCAAGAAGCCCCGAUGGAAGUCGAGGACAACAACGAAAAACAAUGCAAUAUGUCUGGGGUUGACGUGGAUUCUGGUAUAGAGAAUAUGGAGGUUGACGAGUCCGACAGAAAAGAGGUUGCACCUCGAUCAAGGACGACGAGUUCGAGUAUAGAAGUGACGGUGGAUCAGAUACACACAGUGAUAUCGCGCGUGCUCUGCGUUUCGUGGAAAGAGCCUGCGGAGGGAAGCAUAUACUUGCCGGAAACAGCAGCGGUAGUCGAGGUGCAGAAGGUGACAGAAGUGACGGAAAUUGUCAGCCAAGCCCUCAUGGAGGUCCUCUAUAUGUUCACGCGAGGCGCCGAUCCAUUGGAGGAGAUAUUCGUCGACCCUCCCUCGGACGGCGAAGAUAGUCCCGUCAAUCAGGCCAGUCCUUUGCUGGGCAUCGUCGUUGCUCCUCGCUCGGUGCCGACACUUUCCAUGCCCUCUGGCACCAAGUCUCUUCAGCCGAGAAGCCUGGUCUAUUUACUCGAUUGCUACUCAAGAAUCGCCGUAGAAGAGAGAAAUCACCCCAAGCGUUCCAGCGUGCCUCCGCUGUCCGAUGCACUAGCUACUUUACGAGCACAAUGCGUGCAGCACGCCAGUCUGGUGCUCCAGGAGGUGAUCGGAGUGAACACGACGUCCUCUUCGAGUUCGAACUCGUCGACGCGGUGUUCUUCUCCCCUGCUGUAUCCGGUUCUCUCCCAGAGCCUCCCUCGGGGCUUCCUGCACGAGCUGGUGGCCCGCACCCACUCCAAUCCGCAGACCUUCAACAGGAUCUUCACGCCCCUUCUCCAGGGUUUAUACCUCUCGAUGCAGCAGGCCAGCCUGGUGGGCAACACCCAUCGGAGACCCAUCGAGGCCCUGGAGGAGCUCAUCGAGAUUCGCUGCGGAGCCCAGGGUAACGCUCGACCGAUAUGUCGACUUAUAACCCACCAGGUGCAGUUCCUGCCCGAAGCGAUGACCACCGCCGUGGGCAGGGAACUCACCAGGACCUCCUUCUUGGGGCCCUUCCUCUCGGUGUCGGUCUUCGCCGAGGACCAGCCCAAGGUGGCGGAGAAGUUCUUCAGCGGGAAUCCGUCGACCGACAAGUCGAUGAACUUGACCCUGCAACAGGAACUCGAGAGCACCAGGACGUCCCUCCACAAGAUGAUGCACGCCAUCCUGGCCAAUGGGAACUGCCGGGAAACUACCCUGGCUUAUCUCGCUGCGCUGCUGAAGUACAAUAAAAAGCGAGCGCAGAUCCAGGUCGAGGAGUUUGCCCUCGCCGGGGAUGGGUUCAUGCUGAACUUGCUCUCGGUCCUGCAACUUCUUUCCGUCAAAAUCAAACUAGACACUGUCGACACGCUCUAUCCGUUCCAUCCAUGCAGCUUAGUGGAGAUCAAGUACGACACCAGGCUUAAACUCUCUUCUCAGGAAGUGAGAACAUGGCUCGAGAAGAUGGAACGUUCCCAGAAGUGGACCGAGGCCAAAUUCCCUACGCAAUGCUGGUUCCUGACGCUUCAUUGUCAUCACGUUGCCCUGUUGCCGGCACUACAUAAGUACCAGAGAAAACUGCGAGCUCUUCGAGACCUCCAAAAGAUGCUCGAUGAGCUCCAAGCUACUGAAUCCCAAUGGAAGGACGCUCCUUUUGCGAGUCAAAACAAGGAGCUGCUUCGAAGGUGGAAACAGCAGCUCAAGAGACUCGGCAAGUCCAAAUCCUGCGCCGAUGCUGGCUUGGUCGACCCAGUUCUCCUAAGAAGAUGUCUGCACUUCUACACUUCGGUAGCUGAAGUGCUUCUCGGACUGCUCUCUGGUUCACCAGGGAACCUCAUCCCGGAGCUACCUCUGCCUCAGGAGGUGCCUUAUGAGUUCGCUGCCCUUCCUGAGUGGUAUGUCGAGGAUAUCGCCGAGUUCCUUCUAUUUGUCCUCCAAUUCAGCCCUGGAGUGGUAGCGAACAACAUGGACAACUCUCUCAUCACCUGGCUGCUGGUCGUCGUCUGUGCACCACACUGUAUCAAGAACCCAUAUCUCAUUGCAAAGAUCGUCGAGGUUCUCUUUGUGAUUAAUCCUGGCGUUCAGGGGAAGACCGAGUCGCUGCACGAGCAGGUGAUGUCCCACCCGAUCUCGAGGUCGCACCUGGCCUCGUACCUGAUGAAGUUCUACACGGACGUGGAGACGACGGGCUCGAGCUCGGAGUUCUAUGACAAAUUCUCGAUCCGCUACCACAUAAGCGUGAUCCUUAAGUCGAUGUGGGACAGCCCAGUGCACAGGGCGUCGAUUGUCAACGAGAGCAACAACGGGAAGCAGUUCGUCAAGUUCAUCAACAUGCUGAUGAACGACACGACCUUCCUCCUGGACGAGAGCCUGGAGUCCCUGAAGAGGAUUCACGAGGUGCAGGAGCUGAUGUCGGACCUCGAGUCCUGGUCGGCUCUCUCCCAGGAGCAACAGCAAUCCAGGACGAGGCAGCUCACCGCCGACGAGAGGCAGGCCAGGUCCUACCUGACCCUGGCCAAGGAGACUGUGGCGAUGUUCCACUACCUAACGGUGGACAUCACCGAGCCCUUCCUCAGGCCCGAACUCGUCGGCCGUCUCGGCGCGAUGCUCAACUUCAACCUGCAGCAGUUGUGUGGCUCCAAGUGCAAGAACCUCAAGGUCAGGAAACCCCAGAAGUACGGCUGGGAGCCCAGGACCCUCCUCAGUCAACUCGUGGAUAUUUAUCUGCACCUCGACUGCGAUAACUUUGCAGCCGCUCUGGCUAGUGACGAGCGGUCGUUCUGCAAGGAGCUCUUCACCGACGCAGCCAACCGGCUUGAGAGAUCGGCAAUCAAAACGAGGACGGAGAUCGAGCGAUUCGUGGCUUUGGCCGAGCGAGCAGCCGUCAUCGCCAGAGACAACCGGGCCCGAGACGAGGACUAUGGCGAUGCUCCAGAGGAGUUCCGAGAUCCUCUUAUGGACACCCUUAUGGAGGAUCCGGUGAGACUGCCCUCCGGCAUCGUCAUGGACAAAGCCGUCAUCGUCAGGCAUUUACUAAACAGUGCGACGGACCCGUUCAGCAGGCAGCCCCUCAGCGAGGACAUGCUUAAGCCCGCGUUGGACCUGAAGGAGAAGAUCUCCAUGUGGAAGCAGCAAAAGAAGAAGUCUGCAAACGUCUAAGACAGCGCGAAUCAAGGGACCGAACAUUGACAAAGGUCCUGCUGCGCUUGACAGGUCCGAGAGAGUGCAUUUCACUGGUCCGGUAGGUGUAUCGAAUCACUUGUGACAGGUGACGAAAACGUAUGUAGCUCGACACUGAGACCCAGAGAGUAUCGGAGAGAGAGAGAGAGUAAGUGACACAUAACGGAAACGCAGUAAAACACGGUGCAAUGAUCUCGCUAUUGUGCAACGGUAGCGCUCAAUAAAUUUACAGUUUUUUAUACGACGAUAAAACGGACUACAGCUAGGGAACUGCCAACGCGAGCUCGCGAGGGAGGCGUGCCGAACGAAAUCCGCUGUAAAUAAGAGCUGCGUAGCUGAAUCGGAGCCCAACGAUGGGACUCCCUGCAUCGCUGCCUAUGAAUGACACCGUCGACCUGGCCUCCCCGUUCCAUAUAAUGCUCUCGCACCGUUGCAUGAUUGUCAACCUGAUGAUCUUGUAAAGGGACGUGAACGAUACUGGCCAGAGUCGGACGCUUGUUUCUUUAGAUAAUGAAAUAACUAAAUAAUUAAUCGAUCGCAUGGUCAUAUUCCUGCUUCAACACUAUUAGUUGAACGAUGGACGGCUGUUAGGCUGUUUAAAAGGCCUCCGAUAGGAUCAGAUUCUGUUGGAAAGUGAAUUCCUAUGUGGGAAAGGGCUAUUUCAGGGGCUUGUAUGAAAUUAAGCGAAGGCUCCGAGUGUCUUCAAUUUGCUUUGUAUGACGUUUUUAUUCGCAGAGCUCACCGAGAGGAAGCUUGUACGUAAUUUACACGGUCGCCUGGAACGAAAGAAUCGCAUUAGUGGAAGCGAAUCGACUAAUGUCAAACGUAUAUCGAAGGAAUAGUUCAAUUAAAAUGUAAACGAGAGUUUUAGGUUAGGAAAGCUGCGUUCGACUCUGACUCAGAUGGUGUCGCGGUGCCUGCCCGUUUAUUCCCGCCUAGUGCGCUUGCAGAAUAUUUCUUUGGUGUCCAGGGACUCGUGAAAACCCCUUCGAUGCAAGACGACACCAACAUUCCAUCCGCAAUUAUGCUCCGAAGGAGAUAUGUGAGGUUAUGUGGAAUCGUGAAUUGCACGUAAUCGAGUUUGCAGCGUUUUAGAAUCAAAUAGGACGAGAACUCCUCUUGCUGGAGGUGUGGAGUUGAUUGAAGUUAUCUUAAGAUGUCAUCGAAUGGUGUACAAAAGUAAGGUUAGAGUUUACAUUGACCACGGGUCGAAGCAGACCAUAGAACGAAGAUUGUUUUCGAGUGAUUAGAAAGGAAUCGUAGACGUGAGAACCGCGGUUUAAUGGAGCCGUACUCCAGAGAGCUCCUAGAAAUCUGUGAAGGGAUAUUUAGCUUAUCCAGGGGAGUCGAAUUAUGUCACUUGAGACGACUCCUUUUAUCGACAACUCUUGAGAAAUUGUCCACGAAGUCAGGAAUCGGACGUCGUUGUUAAAAUCGUUGAUAGGUCGAGAUCGUGUGAAACAGUGACCUCCCACAGCGUUUCUGGAACGUUUCGCAGUACUUUUGAACCAUUUAUAGUGGCGUGAUUGCGAAACAUGGUGCGCUCUGUCCAAUGUGCCGUCUGGCUGUGCUUCGAUGCUGCCCGAAGAGAGAAACUAGGAACAACGCGUAGACACGGUGUAAUUAUAAUGCGAUUAAGGGAGCAGGGGCUCCACGAAACCUUUGACAGAAAUCCUAACCCAGCCAAGGGACUCUGUACGAUUACUUUCUGAUACCAUGCUCCUUUAUGUUGUGAUUCCAAGGGACUCGUAGUUCCCAGUCCGAGUAACUGCAGCUCACCCCUUGACCGAAGCCACGUCAAUUGUAAUCCGAGAAAAUUGUAAAAUUGUAAAAUUGUAAAACUCUUGUCAAUGCGUGGUACCCAUCCCUUCGUAGCUUCUCUUCGUAAUGGAACAAGCCUCGAGGAACUUGUGAGUCCAUCAGGGAAGAUCUUCCACCUUUCGAAGAACGUUCUGAGCCCAUCUGUCACUCCAUUGCGUACCAAUGUCUGCGAACCUGUUCAUCGAUGUGAUAGUAGUGAAAGAUCCUCCUCGAAGCUACGUUCCAGGGCUACGAUGCCAUGGAAGAGAGGGAAUCGAUCGAAGAAGUUAGAAUGAAACGCCGGCCGGCGAAGGAUACGGGCGAAAAUCAUGUACAUAACCUCUAAGCUGCCGAGCUGUCGGGGCGAUUUACACGUGUCUCAAUACGCGAAGCCAAUUCCGAAAGGACGUCUCUUGUAAUAUAAUCGGUUUGCGCCUUUCUCUAGGGCGAGGAGGCUGCCUCGAAACUCGACUGUAUAUACAUUUAAGAAUUAUACUCUAAGUCGUAAGAGUAAGCGUAGCCGUAAGCGAGGGUUUACACACGAUCGGGAAAUGCUCCGUAGCGAGGACGAGAGUCUAACAAUUAAGUUGAACCUAUUAUGCGACUAAAUCGACCGUAAUAUUAUUUAUAGAUUGAAAAUAUAAUUGUAGUAAAAGGAA